AUGUGUUGCAACUACUAUGGAAACUCAUGUGGUAGCUGUGGCUACGGCUGCGGCUAUGGUUCUGGCUAUGGCUGCAGAUAUGGCUCCGGCUAUGGCUGUGGCUAUGGCUCAGGCUAUGGCUGUAGAUAUGGCUGUGGAUACGGCUCUGGCUAUGGCUGUGGCUAUGGUUCUGGCUAUGGAUGUGGAUAUGGCUCCGGCUCUGGCUAUGGCUGCUGUGGUUACCAGCCAUUUUGCUAUAGAAGAUGUUAUUCUUGCUGCUAG